UUGUAAUUACAUUCUUUUUCACUACACUUGCAUUCUUUUAUCUGUCUAUGAUUAAGGCUGUGCCUAUUAUCACCAUGAAGCGAUCUGCACUUAUUUCUCUCAUCCCCGCCUUCUUGGCUACUGCUUCUCCUGUCCCUCAAGCUUCUGAAGCUGCUGGUUCUUGCGACGUUGCUGAGGUUGACGAGCUCGUUGGAUACGGAGCAAAGACCACCGGAGGAUCUGGUGAUCCCGUCACCGUCACUUCUUGCUCAGAGCUCACGUCUGCUCUCUCCAACGGCGGUGUCAUUCACAUCGACGGCCAGCUUACUGGUUGCGACAUCAUGAACGUCAAGAGCGACACCACCAUACUUGGCGUUGGUUCCAGCUCUGGUCUCACUGACAGUGGUUUCCGCAUUAAGAAGGCCGAUAAUGUUAUCAUCCGUAACCUCGCCAUGAAGAACCCUCCCAAGGAAAUGGAUCUCAUCGAUAUUGAGGCCUCUACCAACAUCUGGAUCGACCACAACGAGUUCUCCGCUAAGGGCAUCAUCGGUGACAAGGACUUCUACGACGGUCUCCUUGACGCCAAGCGCGGCUCCGACUUCCUCACCUUCUCAUGGAACAAGUUCUCCGACCACUGGAAGGCUAGUCUCAUCGGCCACAGCGACAGCAACGGUGAUCAGGACACCGGCAAGCUCCAUGUUACUUAUCACCACAACUACUGGAGCAACGUCAACAGCCGUGCUCCCUCCAUUCGUUUCGGAACUGCACAUAUUUACAGCAGCUGCUACGAGGAUCUUCCCACCUCUGGAGUCAACUCUCGCAUGGGCGCUCAAGUCCUCGUGGAGAGCACUGCUUUUGUUAACGUCAAGCGACCUAUUGUCACCAACCUUGACUCUAAGGAGGAUGGAUUUGCUAUUGAGAAGGACAACCUUUUCGAGAAUAGCGAGACGCAAAUUACGCAGGAGAAGGAUUUCGUUCCUCCUUAUGAUUACACCACCGACUCUGCGGAUUGUAUCUGUGACUAUCUCAAGGAGAAGGGUGGUACCGGUGUUAUCAACGUCUAAGAGAUGGCGUGACAUGCUUGCAUCCGUGUUUGAGAAUAAACUUGUCAAAAUGUUGCCAAGUUUGUCCUAAGUUAUCCUAUGAUACCAUAAACUACUCUAAGUAUCUUCACAUUCUAGGAUAAGCAGUGUAAAUGAAUCAAUCGAUAACUAUGUCCACUUAGGAAAAUGUAUAAAAUGCCGCCUAUUAUAAUGAAAUAUGC